AACUUUGUUUGGAAAAAAAGAUUUUAUAUUAAUUAGUGUGAAAUUAGCUGUUUGGAAAUGGGGAGUAAGGUUGCAGUUAUCAGUAUUUGUUCGGUUUUCCUAGUGGCCAUGGUGGUGGCUGUGGCAGUUGGUGUUAACCGCAGCCAAAGUGGAAGCGAUAACGGCGGUGGUGCUAGUAGUGGUGAGAUAUCGACUUCGACCAAGGCGGUGAAAGCCAUUUGCCAACCCACUGAUUACAAAGAAUCAUGUGAGAAAAGUUUGUCAAAUGCCAACACCACUGAUCCCAAGGAGCUUGUUAAGAUUGGCUUCCAAGCUGCCAUUAGCGAGAUUGAGAAGGUAAUCGCUAACUCAACCACCGUGAAAGAGGUAGCCAAGGACCCAAUGGCUCGUCAGGCUCUUGAGAAUUGCAAUGAGCUCAUGGACUAUGCCAUUGAUGAUCUUAAGAACUCAUUCAAUCAACUUGGGGCAUUCGACAUUAGCAAACUCGAUGAAUUCAUAGAAAACCUCAAGAUUUGGCUCGGUGGUGCCAUCACCUACCAACAGACUUGCCUGGAUGGAUUCAUUAACACAACUGGUGAAGCUGAAACAAAGAUGAAGGAACUUUUGAAGACUUCUCGGGAGCUUACUAGCAAUGGUUUGGCCAUGGUUUCUGAGAUAUCUUCAAUCCUCAACAAUCUCAACAUUCCAAACGUGGGCCAAAUUGACACUACUGGUGCCGAACGCAAGCUGUUGUCUGAGGAUGGAUUACCUUCAUGGGUCAGUCCAGGGCAGCGCAUGCUCCUUCAACACACUCCAGCCACCAUUAAGCCUAAUGUUGUUGUUGCUAAGGGUAAAGGUGGCAAAUAUAAAAGCAUCAAUGAGGCCUUGAAAGAAGUCCCCAAGAAGAAUCCCACUACAUUUGUCAUUUACAUUAAGGCUGGAGUUUACAACGAGCAAGUGCUUGUCAACAAGAGCAUGAGCAAUGUUAUGUUCAUUGGAGAUGGCCCAACCAAGACCAUCAUCACCGGUAGCUUGAACUAUGCUGAUGGAACUGGCACAUUCAAGACUGCAACAGUUGGUGUUGUGGGUGAAAAAUUCAUGGCCAAGGGCAUCGGAUUCGAGAACACUGCUGGAGCCAUCAAGCACCAAGCUGUCGCACUUCGUGUGCAAAGUGAUCAAUCCAUCUUCUAUAACUGCCACAUGCAUGGCUACCAAGACACCCUCUACGCUCACAGCCAUCGCCAAUUCUACAGGGACUGCACCAUCUCUGGAACCAUUGAUUUCAUCUUCGGUGAUUCUGCUACCGUCUUGCAAAACUGCCAUAUCAUCGUCAGGAAGCCAUUGGACAAUCAACAAUGCAUCGUCACCGCUCAAGGAAGGAUCGAACGUCGUGAGGUCUCGGCCCUUGUUCUCCAAAACUGCACAAUCUCCGGAGCCCCAGAAUACAUCCCUGUGAAGGAUAAGAACAAGGCAUACCUUGGCCGCCCAUGGAAGGAAUUCUCCAGGACCAUCAUCAUGCAAUCUCAACUCGAUGACAUCAUUGCCCCAGAGGGUUGGUUGCCCUGGAAUGGUAACUUCGCUCUUGACACUUUAUGGUAUGCUGAGUUUGGCAACCGGGGACCUGGUGCAGUUCAGACCAACAGGGUUAACUGGAGGGGUGUCAAGAAAAUCAGAGCACCUAUGGCCCGGAGAUUCACUCCUGAGGUGUUCUUACGUGGUGGCGACUGGAUCCCCAAAUCCGGGGUGCCCUACACUCCUGGCAUGAUUCCUGGACUGUAG